GCAGAGCGCCGCACAACACCAGGCCUCACAUAUAUAGCCACCAGCGUAAGCUGGUGUCCCCCUGAUCGGAUGUCCGUCGCACCGAUCCUCUUUCGCUAACAGCUUAAGUACAGCAGCGCCUUGGGUUGGCUCUUCACCCAACCAUCACUCUAUAAUGUCCGCACCCCCUUCGGGCCCAUCACCUGUUGUUCCUGCUGCCGCCGAUCCCAAGGGGACUUAUAAUCCGCGAAAGAGAGGACGGACUGCCUGUACGAGAUGCAAACACAGGAAACAGAAGUGUGAUGACCAGUGGCCAACAUGCUCCAAUUGUAGCAAGGCGGGCACGGAAUGUGACAAAUCUGCCGUGUCCGAAGACGAGCCUCCGGCAGCAUACACUCGCGCACUGGAGCAGCGGAUUGCCGUUUUAGAGGCUCGUCUAUCCGAGCGGGUUCACCAGCAGGAACCAGACCUGCCCCAACCGCAGACUAGCAGCAUUCGGACCCAGUCCCAGAACAAUGUCCUCGCUGAGGCUGUUGAGCUACUUGCCCUCGGGAACAUCGAGGCUCCUGCUUACGUUGGCGCCUCCUCGGGCCUAAACUUGGCUUUAACCUUAGGUGAGAUGGUUCAAGCAACUGUCUGGAACAAGGCAUUGCCUUUCGAUGCCAAUGGGUCUCGUUCCAGCAGUACUGACGGCUCUGGGAAUUCUAGAGGAGCUCGUGCUAUCAAUAGACAAGAAAUGGUUGCUCGAAGCGCGGAGCCGCCGGCCGAUGAGCACGGUACUGCCCUUGUUAAUGCCUACUUGAACCAACCCCAGACUCGGUAUCCUUUCCUUGACGAAAGAGAGAUUUGGGACUUACACGCAAAGCGUAUGACGCUCAAUACAACUCCCGUACAGCAGCUGACCAAAGCUGAACGCUUUGGGUUAUUCAAAUUGUACAUGGUGUAUGCUAUUGGUGCAAUGUUGAUACAACUUACAGAAAGAAACACCCCAACUCCACCAGAGAAUUACUACAUGACCGCCUUGCAACACCUGUUCACUGCUCGUGAGUCAAAGACAACUCAGAAUGUAGAGGCUAUGGUGCUUCUCGUCUUAUACCAUAUCCGAAGCUCUAGUUAUGGCAUAUGGUAUAUGAUUGGUCUGGCAAUGCGGACUUGUAUCGAUCUAGGAUUACAUACGAGGCGACAUGAGAGCAACUUGGAUCAUAACACGAUUCAAAUGCGCCGGAGGCUAUUCUGGAGCGUUUACUCAUUAGAACGGACUAUUGCGAUCUGCUUAGGACGGCCGCUGAGUAUACCAGAUAGGCAGAUUGAUGUGGAUUUACCAUUAGACCCCGAAGAUGAGGCCUGGAGCGAGAUAACACCUACGCCGCCAGUUAAGAAAAGGUCCUUCUCAAUGGCGAUCUGGCUCUUCAAAAUGAGACGAAUCGAAUCACGAAUUCAGUUUUCAAUUUAUCGAGCUGACAAGCCCCUUUCAGCACUUACAUCCAAAAUGAAUCAGCUAUAUCAAGACCUAGAAUCUUGGAAGACAUCCCUCACUGAGCGCUUCGGCGAUGUUGAUCUGAACUAUCCAAUGUUGCACUACCACCGCGCUGUCCGCUUGUUGAUACAACCGUUUCUACCACUAUUACUACCGUCUGAUCCUUAUUAUUUAAUAUGCCUUCGCGCAGCCGGCGGCGUUUGUCAAGCACAUAAAAGACUACAUCAAUCACUGGAGUAUGGGCAUUCCUUUAUUGCUGUGCAGCACGUGUUCGUCGCUGGAAUAACUUUACUGUACGGUCUUUGGACGCAACAACACGCCAUAUGGUCUUACAGCUUGUCGAACGAUAUUCGGGCUUGCUCGUUGGUACUUUUCGUCAUGGGCGAGAGAGCACCAUGGGUGAAAAAGUACCGCGACGCUUUCGAAGUGCUUGUCAAUGCGACUAUGGAGAAAUUGGAAAAUGGUGUUAAUAACCUGGCCGAGACAGCAGCAGUGCAGAUGAGGAACGUAACGAACAGCAACACUGACUUCACAACCGAACAGUUUGACAACCUUGCCGACGGCGAAGAAGGAGAUGCCUGGAAAGUUGUUGCCGAACUUGCCAAUUGGAUUGACCAACCGGAAGGCUCACUGGUCUGGAUGCCGGACUUUGAGUUACUCCAAAAUCUGUCACCUAUGUAACGAUCGGAGUAUUAUUUUGCAUUUUCAUGAGAGCAAUUUCACGUAGUAUAUUAUCGAUCCCCUGACCUAUGAAUCGCAACGUUAGCCUCAUCGUCUGAACUCCAGUCUCAGAUGGAUACCCAUUGGUUCCCCAUCUUGCUCAUCAUUCCUUCUUUCCCGCAGCUUUGGUCCAGCAUUUUUCAGAGAUAGACAUCCAGUAGUUCAGUAUGCAUAUCGAAUGAAUCAAGAGUUAGCAAUCCUUUUCUACGGGCCGAUAUGUUGAAGUCUAUAGAUAGUGUCUACUCGCCGCUCACCUCAACUGGCUAGGUAUACUAUAAG